AUGACGAAGACGACACGUGGACUGGAGCGCGUGCACGCAGACGUCAUGGGGACAAUGAUAAAUUUCUGUAAGGGUGGUGCCAAAUACAUUCUCACGUUUGUAGACGAUUAUUCACGAUAUGUUUCGGUCUUUAUGAUCAAAAGUAAGAGUGAAGUGACUGGCAUGUUCAAGGACUUCAAGACGUUUUUCGAAAACCAAUGGAGAGCUCGUUUAAGGUGUUUGCGCUCCGACAACGGAUCAGAGUUUGUCAACAAGACGACGGCUGGCAUAUGUCAACAGAACGGCAUAGUGCAUCAGCGUUCCGUUUCUUACAGCCCUCAGCAGAACGGAGUGGCAGAGCGGAUGAACAGGACAAUCAUGGAGAACGCUCGGAGCAUGCUAAACUACAAAGACGUUUCAACUGAAUGGUGGGCGGAAGCGGUGAUUGCAGCAGUUAAUUUGAUUAAUCGCUCCACGAAUACGGCUCACCUCGACAUGACACCGUAUGAGUUGGAAUAUACGAUAAAACCCCAAAUGGACCAUUUGCACGUGUUCGGGUCGCAGGGUUUCGCUCAUUUAAAUGAUGUGAAGAGAACAAAGUUGGCGCGUACGAGUUUUAAGUGUAUGCUCCUCGGCUACGCAGAAAAGGUCAAAGGUUAUCGUGUGUUUGACUUGGAAAAUGCCAAGAUCAAAGUUACGCGUUCAAUGCAGUUGGAUGAACGUGAAGUGGGCGGCAUUUACGACACUCAAGUGCUAAAUACGGAAGCGGUCGUUCACGUGACGAAGGACAGUGAAGAAAUACAAAUUCAGCAUCAAGAAGAUAGACAGCCAGAUCUGGACGAACCCAUGGAAGUUGUUGAAGAUCCGUUCGCAGAUGUGGAGAUGGACGAUGUAAAUUCUACGUCAAGCGUCAGUGCACGGCAUUUGAUGUCUCCCGAUUGCCAUUUUGAAGACACGAUGCAACUAGCAAAGUUUCAUCCACCGCCAUAA